CCACGCCCACUUUCAGUCGGUACAGCCUGUUGGCGGCAGUAACGAGACAAGGGUCAUUCAACAACCGUAAAAAAAUAACACGGAAGAACGAAUGAGUCGCGCAGAGAGAAGGAGAGAGCACGCGCGCCCACCCACGAGCUGAAGAUGAGUGUGAUGAAGUUUUGGACCGCCGUGGUCAAUGUGCUGUGUUUGCCUCUGCAUCUGAUCAAAGCGCUGGGUCUGUAUGAAGGAUACAAACGCGUCAUCUUUCCUGACCUAUGUGGCUGAGUCGCUUCACGGAGGCGUACAACAAGAUCAUGAAGGAGGAGAAGAAGGAGCUGUUCCGCAGCCUGUCGGAGUUCGCUCCGUCCCGCGGACCGCUCACUAUCCUGGAGGUGGGCUGCGGGACUGGAGCAAACUUUGAGUUCUAUCCAGCCGGUUCCAGAGUGCUGUGCACGGAUCCAAACCCCCACUUCCAGAAGUACCUGAAGACCAACAUCGAGAAGAACGACCACCUGACCUACGAGCAGUUCGUGGUGGCCUCUGGGGAGGACCUGGGGUCGUUUGAGGACGAGUCCGUGGACGCGGUGGUCUGCACGCUGGUGCUCUGCUCCGUCCGUGACGUCACAGCCACUCUGCGGGAGGCCAUCCGAGUCCUGCGGCCGGGGGGGGCCUUCUUCUUCCUGGAGCACGUGGUUGCAGAUCCCUCCACCUGGACGUACUUCUUCCAGCACGUCAUCCAGCCUCUGUGGUAUUACUUUGGGGAUGGAUGUGCCGUCACGCGGGAAACUUGGAAGUACCUGGACGAAGCGGGAUUCUCUGACCUCAAACUGAGACACAUUGAGGCCCCAAUCGCCCGAAUCGUCAAACAGCAUGUUGUGGGCUACGGCAUUAAAUAGGUUCUUACAUUUUAGAAAAA